UUGAAAGCUUAAUGACAGAAAAGUAACAAAAAAAAAAGAUGAGAUGGUGGUACAGCUGUUUAGCUUGGGACUCACAGUUGUGAGGACCUGGGUUUAAGUCUUUGCCUCCUGUGUGGAGUUUGCAUGUUCUCCCGUGCUUGUGUGGGUUUUCUCCAGGUACUCUGAUUUUCUCCCCCACCCCUAUAUCGUGCAUGGCUAAUUAUAUAUUAUUGAGUAAUGUCAAAUAGACUUUCAUUCUUUUCCCAUUUCCAUCACAAAACCAAUUUCUGUCAUUUUAUUUUAUAAUGCACAUCCACUCUUUUUUCGGUCAUGUAAUUAUUAUGAGACCUCAAUCGUACUUUGUAUUGGACUUGGGCAUUCUCCUUGAAAUAAUAAUAAUAACUAAAAAACAAUAUGGGAUUGUCAAAAUUCAAUUUCUUUCCGUAAUAUACGAAAGAAACGCUAACUCCAUAUUUUUCUCCUAUUAUGCUGAGAAGGGUUGCGUCAGGAAGGGCAUCCGGCGUAAAAAUUGUGCCAAACAUAUAUAUGCGUUCAUCUGAGAUGACACGCUGUGGCGACCCCGAAAGGGACAAGCCGAAAGAAACACACAAUGCAGUGUGCUUCUAUUGGUGAGUGGCUCAAUCGAAAAAAGAAGUGAAAGCUUCAGUCCCACCUGCUUGACGGCAGACCUCCACUGGGGUUCAACAGAAAACUAAAGAAACUAACAGAAAAACAAAAUCUUGAAACACCAUGUUUCUGUUUCCUCGUAUGUUCACGUUGUGCUGAGUUUCAGAGAAUCCCACCGGUGCUUUAACCUUCCAUUUCCCUCUAUGCAAAACAGACUUCCCACCCAUGAGCUAUAAAACCCCCCGGUAAGUGCAGUACCCAUGAGAACGCCUUCAGUGUUCUUGCCUCAAACCAAUACUAAGAUGGCAGACGCAAUGCUAAGGUUCUUGACGGUCGCGCUUUGCGCUUUGACGGCCGCUGAAGGCUGGAGCAUCGAACAGUCUGAAGCAGUGUCCAAAAGAGCUGGAGAAUCGCACACCCUGACAUGCAAAACAGAUGGAUUGUCUUUUUCUAGCUAUGCGUGGAGCUGGAUCAGAAAGGCGCCUGGUAAAGGCUUGGAAUGGCUCGCUUACAUCAGCACUGCGAGUACUCCGAUAUAUUACUCAUCUGUGGUCCAGGGUAGAUUCACCAUCUCCCGACAGGACUCCAGCAGCCAACUCUAUCUCAACAUGGGCAGUCUGAAGGCCGAGGACACGGCUGUGUAUUACUGUGCCAGAAGUCGGUCUGGUGUGGAUUACUUCGACUACUGGGGUAAAGGAACCCAAGUCACAGUUACAUCUGGUUCACCGAUCGGACCGACGGUCUUUCCUCUGAUGCAAUGUGGUUCUGGAACCACCCUCAGUCUUGGCUGCCUUGCCACUGGCUUCACGCCACCUCCGCUGACCUUCACCUGGACCAAAGACGGGGUCGCUUUGACGAACUUUAUUCAGUAUCCUCCAGUACAGAAGGGCAACUUAUAUACUGGAGUCAGUGAGAUUCAAGUGAAUAAAGCGGACUGGGAUAAUCGGGCAAAGUUCCGAUGCGUCGCCAAACAUUCUAACCAAGAUGUUGAAGCUGAGAUCACCAAAAAAGAAGAGGCCUACAUGUCGCCAACUCUUAAAGUGUUGGCCUCUUCUGACGGCCAAGACGAGGCCUCGUUGGCCUGCUUUGCCAAAGAUUUUUCCCCAAAUGUUUAUGAUUUCAAAUGGCUGAGAAAUGGAGUGGAGAUCUCCAACAAAAUAGACGAGAUCAAGACUCAUUCUGAGGCCCGAAGUGGCGCGCAGGGAGUAACACUUUAUAGCGCAGGAAGUUUGCUCACGCUAAAAUCCGAUCAGUGGUCACGCCGCACAACCAUAGUGUGCGAGUUUAAAGGGAAAGGUGCGCAAGGGGCUUUUUAUAUGAACUCAUCUGUGACCCACACAUCUCCAUCUGGAUCGGAUUCAUCCUGUGACGAAGUCCCCGAAGGAGAUAUAACCAUAAAGAUCACGGGCCCCAAGGUGGAAGAUAUGUUGAUGCGCAAAAAAGGAACAGUGACAUGUGAAGUGAAAGUCAUCAAGCCGACCGUGGAGAGAAUUUCGUGGGAAAACGAGGACGGGAAGGAUAUGGCCGGUACCUCAAUAUUAGUCCCGGCGGACAAAACGGCCACAUUUCGCACUCAGCUCGACAUCACAUAUGAUGAGUGGACAAAGGGGACAAUGCGCGACUGCGUUGUGGUGCGUAAAGGUACCGGCGGUACGGUCAGGAGAUCCUACGAAAGAACUAUUGGUGGACAACCGCAGCGUCCUUCGCUAUUUAUGAUGUCUCCCGUGGAACAUAGUAGAACAGAAACGGUUACCCUGACUUGCUUUGCAAAAGACUUCUUCCCUCGUGAGGUUCUGGUGUCUUGGCUUAUCAAUGACGAGCCCGCAGACUCCGCCCACGACCAGAGUACCUCCAUACCUGUCGAAAACCAGGGUUUAUAUUCAGUCUACAGCCACUUAACGCUCAGCAUUGAGGAGUGGAAAAAAACUGACGUGGUCUAUAGCUGUAUCCUUUACCACGAAUCUCUGGUCACCGGUUCUGGUGUCAUUGCCAGGUCCAUUACAUACACAACUGCCAGUCAAAAAGGCGUGGUUUGCCCAUUAAAAAAACAAAACCAAAAGACAUAUGUUGUAUUUUCAGUUGUAGCAGAGAGUUCUGUGUCUCCGGACAUGACAUUGUAUACCCUGUGGGAAGAUACAUCUGGAGCCUCAGCUGUCAAAAUUUUGUGCAUCAUAAGUGGCUUCUAUCCUGACACACUGAGUUUCGAGUGGCUACGGGACAACCAAAAGGUAGAUGCCGUACAGACCUCCACCAGGAAACUUCAGAGUGUGGUGAAAGAAGCGAAAAGUUUCACCGUAAUUAGUGAGAUCGAGCCAAGCAUGAGUGACUGGACGAAGGGCUCAGAUUUUACCUGCAGGUCCAUUCACAAUAACGCGGAAAUGAAGAAGUCCACGAGCAUUUGUGAAACACAGGGAGACGACCCUCCCUCCGUUCAUAUGGAGCUCCCCAGCUUCAACGCGGUCAUGACGGCAAGAGCUGAAGUGAAGGCAACCUGUUUGGUGCGCACUGCGUAUGAUGCCGCUGUCACGUGGCUGGUGGAGGGCAAAGCGGCCUCUUCCAACCAAGUGAGCCAGUACACCAACUCGUCCCACAUCAUCAGUCACCUGACGGUAUCUGCCGAACUGUGGCGACAAAUGAAGAGUGUGAAAUGUAGAGUGGCGCAUCGCUGUUUCUCAGACAUUGAUGAGACCGUGCACGUGUCAGGGUCAGCAGUCAACGCUCCAACAGUGGAGAUCAGGCGAUAUUUUGCCGAUUUGCAGAAAAAAGACACGGCUGUGCUUGAAUGCCACGUCGCACAACUCGACGCCGUCGACCUCUACGUCACCCUUCAGGCCAACGGUGUGGAUAUUUUGGACAAGCUCUUUGUUGAACUGCCAAAAGGCCCAGGCCCGCAUUCCAUCAGCCCGCGUUUCAGUUUGCCGAAGUCAUACAUGAAGAGUGACACGCAGUUCAGCUGCACGGUGAACCAAGGCUUCUCCAGCACCUUCCAAUCAAACCGCCUUGACAGCAUUUUUGUGGAGCCAUCAGCGGAGCUCUUUCUGGGCCCCAGCGAAAGGUCAGGACCUCAGAGACUCCUUUGUUCCGGAUGGGGCUUUAACCCUCAAAUUACGUGGUUCAUCGGGUCUCAGGAAAGAUCUUCAUCGACGACUAAUGUCAGCAUGAGUGCGGAUGGACGUGUCUCUGUGGCUAGUCAACUAGAUGUGGAGAAAGAAGAGUGGCAAACUGGCGACAAUUUCACUUGUAAAGUGUCUGACAGGUGGCAGAAUAAAGACGUGAGAAAAAUUAUCAACAUCUGCUCAGUAACCCCGUCAUCAUCUCAAAUAGUCGCAGUGUAUAUGCAAGGACCGCCACUCACAGAGUCGCAGCAGGGGGUUCGAGUGACCGUCACUUGCCUUUUGGUCGGCACUCAUCUCGAUGAUUUAACCAUUUCCUGGAAAGUAGAUGGGAAGACAUAUUCCCAGAAACCACAAACAGAGAAGGCGACCAGUCACAGCAACGGGACGGAGUCCUUACGGAGCUUUCUCAGCGUGUUAGCGAGCGACUGGGAUGCCUAUAAACAAGUCUCUUGUCAGGGAAAACACAAAUGUUCCGACCAGGGUGAUGAGGGCCAAAUAAGCAAAAGCAGAGACUUGUACCCACCAACAGUGCGCAUAAUACCGCCUACCGUCUCUGAGCUGUCAACCUCGGAUGACCUCACGCUAACUUGCCUGGUUACUGGAUUUUUCCCAGAUAAUAAGAUCGUGUACUGGGAGAAAGAUGGCCAAAGGCUGCCGUCAGAUUCCUAUACCAACAGCCCUUCAUGGAAAUACAGCAGUAGCAGGACUUUUUCAAUGAGCAGCAGACUGAACGUGUCCAAAACUGAGGACCGGGGUUCCAGCUAUUCUUGUUCUGUCAAACAUGAGUCAUCCAGAACACCUUUUAGAAGCACGAUUGACGACGUUUUUGCCACAGUGACCCCGAGCCAGCCUUCAGCCAUCUUGCUCCGGGGUUCAGGUGAACUUGUGUGCCUGGUGUUUGGCUUCAGCCCUGCGUCCAUAAACAUUUCCUGGUUUCUUGACGCCAACGAACUGUCGCACUUCAACACCAGUCAACCAAGCAGAGGGCCCGAUGGAAGGUUCACCAUCCAGAGCCACCUUCGCAUGUCCCAAAUGGACCUGCUACCUGGUGCGGUCCAUACCUGCAGGGUGACGCAUACAACCCUCACGCUUACCUUGAACCUAUCAAAUCCAGUGAUUUUGCCAGAUUGCAAUGUGUUGGAUGACAUUGCUCAUGCAGUUGUUAGUCAAGAUAUUAAUGUGGAAAGCUGGUACAUGUCUGCCACGUUCCUUGUGCUUUUUCUCAUCUCCAUCAUCUACGGCGUCUUGGCCACUUUGGUUAAGACGAAAUAAUUGUGACAACAGAAGUGAUGCUAUUGACUUCUUCUAAGGUGGUGGAUCAUUUCCUGAAUGCUGACCAAUUAAAUUUCCGUUUUAAUAUACUGAGGUUUGCCUCAUUGAUUUCUUUUCUAAAAAUUGCAUUUCACUUCAACAUUCUGGGUGAAUGCUGGGAGAUGAGGUCACCAAGUCAAAUGAAUCAGGGACAACACUGAGAAGCUACAUCAUUAUGACAACAUGCAUAAUAUCAAUUUCAAGAGCUACAGCAAGUAUUCUGCCACCACAAGUAUUGCAUUUGAUGAAUAUAAAUAGAAUAUUAUGAAAAAGAUGGUAGUUAAUAAAUCAAAGAAUUCCAUAGAAAUUCACAGUUACUGAGAUAUUGGGAUGACAUCAGAGCAAUACUUUGAGUAGAAAAACUGGAAAAAAAACAUGGUGUAUUUUUCUUUAGUGUAAAUCUCCCAGUAAUGAUGACAAAAUAAUGUUAAAAUAUUGUUGUUGUUGUUUUUUUAAAUGUCAAUAAUGGCAAACAGUAAUUUAACAAAAGCCGAAGCCGCAUUUGUUCCUAUUAACCACUGGAGGGAGCCAAAGCUCGAAUUGCAGCCUUUGAAAGCUUCAUGAGACAGAAAGAACUCCACUAGCAAAGUACAAAAUAAUGUCCGAAAUAAACCGGACCUGCUCAAGAGUAUGGAAAGAUUCACUCCACUGUAAAAAGAUCGCUUUCAUCCCUUCUUUCCAUCAGGCACGUAUGUAAGCACAAGUAUGUGCACACUCCGACUUUGUAUACACUGUCUGUGUUUUGUGUAUAUGGUGGGUUUGAGGAAUUUCUAUCAGGGGAGGGAUGACACUCAGUACACCCAGGACCACUAUUGGCUACCUCUGGAAUUAUUUGACUCUUUCUGUGUGUGAUUGGCUGGGGACUUGAGUGUGCCAGCCCAAAUCGGUGACGCUGUUGCUGGGAUGUGGACGUCUCGCACGGAUGCCAACCUAACUGCCAAGGGGCCUGCAGUUGGGAAAGGUGGCAUCGGGCCCAGCGGAGUGCCUGUGACUGGGUCACUGUUCAAGACCACCACGACGUCCCACACUCAGAACAAGGGAUUGAAAAAGAAUCACCCCCAAACAACUCCUGUAGAGAAACCCUGAGAAGGUCUUGAACUGAAAAGAUUGUUUGAUUGUACUCUAAAUAUGGUGUCCAUGGAAACCAGGUAUAUCCACAAAGAAAGACAGGACUCGCCCACAGUCCAGUUCUAAAACUAACGAGUGGAACAUUGUAAUUUUUCUAGGAAUCUUGUCGAGGUG